AGUCCACUUUGUCUUUCAAAAGUGGAGUACAUAAAUAGGUGCUAGCUGGGAAAAUGAGAGAGGUGGCGAUGUCUCUGAUGAACGCAAAAUGCCCUCAUAAAAAGGGGAUUCCUCUCACCCGGCUCUGCCUGGAAUAAAGGAAGACCGGACCAUGGUGCGAGCAUCGGAAUCUCUGAUUACUCUGGUUCCGCGUAAGAUUCUGCGCUUGAUGAAACUGCCCUGGUCCCGCAAGCGCUACCCUCCUGGACCCCUUCGACUUCCCAUCGUCGGAGGCAUGUGGCGGUUUGGGGUCAUGCUCUCCCUGGAUACGUUAAUGAAGGUACUUCUUUCAAAAUACUUCUUCAAAAGCCACUGUCUCAAGGCAGAGAUCUAUAGUGUUCUGUCCUCAAGGAGUGACAACCACAAAGUGCUUUACUUGGCAAAGCAAUAUGGGAACAUUAGCACUGUAUGGAUUGGGCCUAUACCUGCAGUCAUACUGUCCGGCUACAAAGCAGUCAAGGAAGGCCUAAUCAACCAUUCGGAUGAUUUUGCUGACCGCCCAGAAACUCCGUUCCUUAAAAGUGCAGCAAAAAAUAGGGGUAUUGUACUUUCAAACGGUCACACCUGGAAGCAGCAGAGACGGUUCAGCGUGGUUACUAUGCGGAAGCUGGGGCUGGGGAAGAAAGGGAUGGAGCACCAAAUAGAAGAGGAGGCAAUUGAGCUUGUGGAGAUCUUUGCACGUACAAAGGGGCAGCCAUUUGACCCAUCUUUACACAUCAUCAAUUCAGUCUGCAACGUGAUAUGUGCCAUGUCCUUUGGAUAUCGAUUUUCUGUUGAAGAUAAAGAAUUCCUGAGGCUGAUAGAAGCCAUUCGGAUUAGCUUACAGUUUGGAGGCAGCUUCUUUCAUGGCCUCUAUGAAAUUCUCCCGUUUGUCAUGAAAUUUCUCCCGGGGCCUCACAAAACUGCAUUGUCCUCCAUGGAGAUGGUCUUUUCAUUUGCGAAGAACGAGAUAGCGAAGCACAAGGAAGACCAGACCGUGCAUGAGCCAAUAGACUUCAUUGAUUUCUAUCUAUCUCAGAUGGAGAGGAACAAGGAUGACCCCUAUUCUACUUUCAAUGAAGACAACCUGGCUCAGUGUAUUUUUGACCUCUUUAUCGCUGGAACAGAGACAACUGCUACCUCUCUGCAAUGGGCGCUGCUCCUCAUGGUGACACAUCCAGAUAUUCAAGAGAAAGUCUACCAGGAGAUGGAUGAUGUUUUCGGUUCGUCUCACUCAAUCCGCUACCAAGAUCGGAAGAAGCUGCCCUACACCAAUGCUGUGAUUCACGAGAUCCAGCGUUCAAGAUAUAUCUUAUUAUUUGGGGUUCCAAGGCAAACCGUGAAGGACGUGAACUUGCACGGUUUUCACAUUCCAAAGGGGGCUGUGAUUGCUCCAGAUCUCCGCUCUGUUCUUCUUGAUCCUAAGGAAUGGGCAACACCUAAAAAGUUCAACCCAAAUCAUUUUUUGGACGAGGACGGGCAGUUUGUGGACAGAGAAGCAUUUCUGCCAUUUGGCGCAGGUGCUCGGGUGUGUCCAGGGGAGCAACUGGCAAAGAUUGAGCUCUUCAUCUUUUUCACCAGCCUGCUGAGAACAUUCAGGUUCCAGCUGCCAAAAGGAGUGAGAGGCGUCCACAGGAAGCCUAUAAUAGGGCUGACAGUCCGUCCUCGCCCCUACAAACUCUGCGCUGUUCCCCGCUGCAGCCACAUAAACAAUUAGGGGGGCUGAUCAACUACUGCAAUCUUCUCCUUUAAUCACUUCCUGGCAUCCUCACAUUCUUUCUUGGCUUGCUCAGUUGAGCUUCUCCAAUCUCUGAUGCCACUGGUUGAUAAAAGAAUUACCACCAGCGUAGCAAAUAUUCAUUGUUCCUCAUUCAUUGCUUGUGCACAAGUAUCUGGGACCGAUUUCUUGCAGUUUUCCUAUGUGUUUCAGAGACGGCAAGGGGUUAGCUGA